AUGUUUCAGCCGCCUGUAAAUAUACGGAGAGUUUUCAACUGGGUGGCGAUACUGAGCCUGUUUAUAUUUGGCAUUAAUUACUGGCUAAACCACAAAUAUUUUGUGUUUGAUGAGGAAAGCAUAGCUUCCAUUUCGCGCAGACAUGUUGCCUCUGCCUCAGACUUAGACAUUGAUUCUGUAUAUGACCGAGUGCUUCAAGACCUCAGGGCUAAAUACAAAGGACACAUUUUGCCUGACAGUGAUUUGCAGUGGAUUUUUAUGAAUGCUGGUGGCUGGAUGGGAAGUAUGUGUCUGCUGCAUGCAUCUCUGACCGAAUAUGUUCUCUUCUUUGGCACAGCUGUUGAUACUACUGGACAUUCAGGUCGUUAUUGGGCAAACAUCUCAGAUACGAUACUUACCGGAACAUUUUAUCAGUGGAAGGAAGGGACAUUACACAGGAAUGUUUAUCAGCCAGGUGACACAGUUUUCCAUGGAAUGGGAGAAGCCACAGCCGUAUCCUGGACCGCUGGUACCUGGAUGGUGGAGUAUGGCAGAGGAUUCAUUCCAUCAACACUGUUCUUUGCCCUGGCAGAUUCCUUUUUCAGCACAACUGAUUUUCUGACAGUAUUUUAUGUCAUUAGAGUAUACUUACGAGCGAUGCUUUUGGAGAUUGGCUUUUACUUAGGAGACCUGCGGCAGCUUAUCAAAGACAAUUUAUGA